AUGUCUGCUAUGUUCUCAGAGCCAGAGGUGACAGCUGGAGACAGGAUGAAGACACUUGUGGUGUUUCUGCUGGUGGUGCUGGGCUGCGGUCUGGCUCAAGGGCGGAUUGUGGAUAAAUGUGGCCUGAGGAAACAACUGAUGACAGCAUUUAGUAACAUGACGGAGAUGCUGGGAGGACGCAGCAAGGACAACUUAGUGGCACAGCUCGUCUGUCAUGCAGAGCAGUCGUCAGGUUUCAACACCAGUGCCGUGAACCAGCUGGUCCCCAAGAUGGAAGGUCAUCACCACGAGGAUGACGAGAGCUCUGAGAGGCCCCACCAUCGAGGGCAGCAGCAUCAUAGGCCUCAACGUCACACCCAGCCUCCACUGGGGCAGGUCUGGACGCUCUAUGGCCUUUUCCAGCUCGGCAAUCGCCUGGUUUGUAACGACAGCAUGAUUCAGGACCCCAGCAUCUGUGAGAUACCCUGCAACGACUUGCUUGACGACGACAUAAGUGCUGCUAUCGCCUGCCUGAUGACGGUCCUCAAGAAACCUCACAAACACGACUCCAAGCCGCCCGGCUGCGAUGAGUUAAGAAAGACAAUGAUGAGACUCAUCUUCCAGGGAGAGUGCAGAGACAAACUGGCCUCUGUGUACUUCAAAGAAUGUAGUUAA